GCUCAAAAAAGUAUAAGAAAAAGCAAAAAUGGUGCUACACACACUUGAGCUUUUGAAGAAAGAGAUACCAUUAGAGGAAGAAUCCAUAUGCGUACCAAAUGAUGUCAAAACUGGACUUGUUCUUGUUGACAUCAUUAAUGGCUUCUGCACUGUUGGAGCUGGAAACUUGGCACCUAGAGAGCAAAACAACCAGAUAAUGAGUAUGAUUGAUGAGUCAGUGAAGCUGUCAAAGAUGUUCUGUGACAACAAAUGGCCAGUUCUUGCAUUUUUAGAUACACAUCAACCUGGAAAACUUGAGCACCCUUAUCCUGCCCAUUGUGUUGCUGGCUCUGAUGAAUCCAACUUGGUUCCUGAUCUACAGUGGCUGGAGAAAGAGCCAAGUGUAACUAUAAGGCGCAAGGACUGUUAUGAUGGAUAUAUAGGUUCUAUUGAAGAAGAUGGUUCAAAUGUUUUUGUGGACUGGGUGAAAUCCAAUAACAUUCAAGUUUUGUUAGUAGCCGGGAUAUGCACAGACAUAUGCGUUCUCGAUUUUGUGUGCUCCACACUAUCAGCCAGAAACCGUGGUUUCCUUGCACCAUUGCAAGAUGUAGUAGUCUAUUCCCAUGGCUGUGCCACCUUUGACUUCCCAGCAUCGGCUGCAAGGGAAAGUAAAGAUGCCCUAGCUCAUCCUCAGGAGAUAAUGCACCAUAUGGGUCUUUACAUGGCGAAAGGCAGAGGAGCAAAGAUAGCAAAGGACGUGUCUUUUGGUGCACCAAAGUAAUUUAUGAUAUGUACGUUACGGCAUGUCUGUGGAAACACAGUGUGCUAGUUCCUUUACAUGUGUGUUCCUCCUAUAACUAUGAACUACGAAUUACCUAAGAUGAAAGUGUCACUCGACCCUGUCUGCCACUCUGCCAUGUAUAAUUAUAACUUACUUUCUAGCA